ACAGAAGCCUGUCGACAUGUCGUGAACGUGUGUUUUCAUGGCUCCCUGCGUCAAGACCAUGACCAGAUGACUGCUUCGAAACUACCGUCACACUUUCGAAACCAGAACUACAUUGUAGCGAAUUACUUACUGUUACUUGCAGGCUGGUUCGCAAAGCGUGGUAGAGAGGAAAGGGAAUCGUAUUAUUACGACGUUAGUGCUGCUCCAGUUCAGUUGCUUUCUUCUUCCCAGGCGUCGCUGGAGGUCGACAGACUCAGUGUGCCUGCAGCCGAAAGACAGCUCCUGGUACCGAUGAUAUUGAUAGCGGUCGUCAGAGCGAAAGACGAGUGCCGCAGCCUCCUACAAGUACAAGCUUGGUAUGCCACUUCGACUUUAGUCUAGCAUGGGUAGAAGACGGCGAAGCUGGGGGUGUUCGUAUAGUCCACACACUGCUCGCAGAGAAAGAUGGAAACCGGACGCUAUGCAACUCGUUCCGCGUGACGAUGUGACGGAACUACUUUGCCGUUCACGCUUCGGCCUUUCGAGAACCGGCAGAUCAGGCAGCUGUGUUACAUUGAUCCCAAUCCGAAUCGAUAACAGCGGUGAAUCCAAUCGCUUCACUUCACCACCUGUCGUGCUCGGAGGGAAGCGUGGUCAUGAAAGCGACAGUGAUAGUGAGCAGAGUAGCGACGAGGAAACGGUGCACCGUGCCGCCGCUAAGCGAGUCUAUGAAGAGAGCCCUGCACAACAUAUGCGGUUUACCAUUGGCCAAUGUGAGGAUGUGCCGGGCAGAGCAAGAGGUGAGGACAGUGAAAGUGAUGAUCCUGCAUCUCCGUGUUCAAGUAUUUGUGCCAGCAGCUCUCCACAACCCGCAGCUGGAACGAGUCUGCUCAAGCUACAUGAAUCUGCUGACCCGCCACCUGACAGUCUUAACAAAUCAGGGACUUCCCCCACCAUCAUGGCUCUGAUGGAAGCCAUGUACACCGAUCUGAGAUGCAAGCGACCAAACUGUCUGCACGCUGACUUCAUCAUGAGUACGUUUCUAAAGAGAUACUCAAAGCAACUGAAGAAUCACCUCAAUGCUGACAAUAGCAUGUUUGACACUGGAUCGUUCAACUACUUGGACCAAUUUGUGGCGAAACUGGUUGCCAUCGGAGCAUGUAUACUGAAGAAAUGUACUGUGACCGGCAAAUUCUACCAGCAGUUCCCUGGAACACGAUUUGUGAGUGAAGAAGGUGGCCUAAUGCAGUAUACCAGAGCAGUCAUCAAGACCUGUCUGACUGCAGAAGGUGAUGAGCUUGGAGGUAAUGCUGCCAGGCUGAAGCAGAUUGCUGGGUUCUUGUUGGGCCUCAACACGCACUGCCCCGCAACUCUACCACGCAUGAUGCGCAAGCUGAAGAAAGGACUUGAGCAGCUUGCCCUCUGCAACAAGGCCAAGAUAGUGAAAAUUGUACACAACCUGCUUAUGUCCUUGGCUGAGGCAGCAUUUGUCCCUGAUUCUGAUGAUGGAAAAGCUGCCAGCAUGAGUUGGAAGGAACUCGAUGUAUUGCCUCUCAGCAGUGAGAUUGCCGAGAUCCGAAUCGUGGAGGACGGAUAUGUGCGCAUUCCCGGAACUUCCAUUCCAGAGUAUGUUUGCGUCCAGAAACGCUAUCAAUCAGUCGAUGACUACAUCAGUGUCUACUUUCGCUUGUUCCGAGAGGACUGCUUUGGCAAGAUACUGCAUGACAUAAGCAGUGUGAGACAACGCGAAGGGGUGAAGAGUGGCUCACACAGGUACACGGAAAUCUGUGUGACCGGAGUGAAGAUCCUGCCACACCCGCCCGGUGUAGCUCUGGCCAUACAGCUCUGCCGAACACAAGCAUUCAAUCGGCGAUCAGUUAUCAAUGGCGCUCUGCUUGCAAUCUCUCUCGACCCGACAAGGUCCAGCUGGAAGUUUGCAACUGUGAUAGAGGUUGCCUGGCGAACUGAUGCUUUCGAUGUGCUGAUCGCUUUUCUCUCGCCAAAGGGCGGGGAAGUCUUCCGAAUGACAGAAGCUAUGGCCAUUGCUGGUUCGCAAGGUACAGCACUGAUUCUCAAAAGUCCAACACACUUCAAGUCCUAUGGCCCCAUUCUCAGCGUGCUGCAAGAUCAUGGAGACUCCGUCUCAAUUCCAUUUCAGGAUGUUAUUCUCGGCAGUCAACAAGAAACACCGACCGUGACUAGCGAGCAGCAGCAGCAGCAACAUCAGCAUGAGAAUGACACAAGACCGCAUUAUCCAGCGGACUCGGAUGACAGCGACACUGGCGACUGCAUGUCUGAUGACGAGUCCUGGGUGGAAACAGCUCCUUCGUUCCUUACGCCAUCAGCUACCAUGGAUUUUAGCUGGAUAUUCACCGAGGGAAACCCGUCUUGUGAGGACACACCUGCUGAAGAGAUGGAUCAGUCCCCUGAUCCAGAUCAACAAGCACGCUGCUCACGGUCACCCAUGAUUCCUCCAUGGUUCCACUCAGUGCGCAAUGACCUCGUUGAGCCUGCCUCUAGCUACCAACGCUUGCUGUCGGAUAAUCGCUAUUCGUGCAAACUAGACGCCACACAACGACACGCUGUGUACACGGCUCUGACCCAGAAAGUAGCUCUCAUCCAGGGACCGCCGGGGACAGGCAAAACAUACAUUGGAUGUCGUCUGGUUGAGCUGCUCCUUUCCCUGAAGCCGCCACUUCCAGGGCCCAUCCUAGUCAUCACAUACAAGAACCGUGCUCUCAACGAGUUCCUUGCCAAUGUGUCGCGCAGUCGAGCUGCCGAGAAAACCAAAAUUGUCCGCGUGGGCGGCAUGUUUCCAGAAGGUGCGCGAAAAAGUGAAAGAAGCGAGGACCAUGGAGUAUAUGCUAACCGCGCUAAGGGCCAUGAGGUUCUACGUGAGGACGGCUUCAUCCACUUGAAAGGCCGUGGUAGUUACACUGUGAACAAGCCAGGUCUUACGUACAUGGACGACUGCAAAACAGCAGUGAGGAGCAGUUUGCAAUCGCAGCCAAGCGGUGCAUUCACUGCGAAGACCUUCUGGCGGCUUGUCACCGAAGAGCAGAAGCUGCUGAUCUCAGUGAAGUCCAGGGGACACCUAAUGAAUCGCUACGUCUACUACUGGGCCGAGAGCGCCGAAAAAGAGAUGAUCAAAUGCGUACAGCAACAGUGUAGUCAGAAAUUCAGCAGCACAAUCAGGACAAGCUCGCUGCCCGCAGCACCACCAUCCCAACCCUGUUCCACUGGAUCAGCACAAACCAGCAGAACACGAACGGUCAAGGUUUAUGGCCAGGGUCAACAACUGUCCUUAUACACGAAACGUUUUGCUGGUGCUCCAGCUAGUUGUAAUACAGUGGCUGAUGAGGAAGAAUCGGAUGACGAGUUGGCGGCACAGUUUCUGCAUGGCUUUGCUCCAGCUCGGUUCCCUGUUCGUUCUGACGCAGUGAAGACAGAUUACAACGGUGCACCCAUCCAGGCAGCAAAUACAGAUGACAACUUUGUACCCAUGCCGGACACAGAGGAAGAAAAUGACAGCAUUAUCCCAAGAGAGCUAUGCGAUCAGUACGCCGCUAUGUGUUUGCCCCUAUGUCGGCAGGACAAGGAUCUCCUCAGUAUUCGAGACUUGGACAUGUUGACGGCAGGGCAACGCGCCAAGUGGAUAUGUGCUGCAGUGCUUGCUGAGAAGGAGGAAUACUGGCAAGCGUUGGACAACAAACUGAAAGAUCACGCGGACGAAUGCGAGACAAAGUCAUCUGAGCGCGCUCUUCUCCUAGGGAAAAUGCUGCACCAUGGCGCGAAAGUCGUUGGAUUCACAACUUCAGGAGCUGCCAUCUACCACCAGCUGCUGGAUGUGAUUCAACCAAGCGUGGUGCUCGUUGAAGAAGCAGCUGAGAUCUCAGAACCACAGCUCAUAGCCGCCAUCCCAGCAUCAGCCAAGCAACUCAUUUUGAUCGGUGAUCAGGAGCAGCUGCAGCCACACGUUGAAUGCUAUGCUGUGGAGAAGCGCAGGCUUUGCAUCUCCAUGUUUGAGCGCCUAAUCUCGAUUGGCCAUCCGAGAUCGGUGCUGCAUCUCCAAAACAGAAUGAGAGACGAGUUUGCUGAGCUCAUCCGCCUUCUGCAGGUCUAUCCUCGCCUGGAGACUAACAGCAAGACGACAUGUGACAACACACCAGCAGCAUGCAUGGACAAAUCGCUCUUCUUCUGGACGCACGAGUUCCCGGAAGAGAAAAGUGGCAUGAGCUUUUGCAAUGAGAGAGAGGCUCAACUGGCCAUACGCCUGGCGUUGUGGAUGGCCAAAGAAGGUGUGCAGCUGACUGACAUAACCAUCCUGGCUACGUACAAAGGUCAAGUACGUGUUAUCCGCAGGCUGCUCAAGGACAUCUGGAAUACAAUGGGCAGCCCUAGCCCAAAUGGCAGACUGCCGGUUACGGUCGACUCAGUAGACAACUUCCAAGGAGAUGAGAACCAGUUCAUUAUUCUGUCACUCGUUCGCUCCGGUGAACACAGCAGCUCCAUUGGUUAUCUGGCAAAAAGGAAUCGCCUGUGUGUGGCCUUGUCACGCGCUCGAAGUGGCAUGUACAUUUUGGGUGACCAUCGGGCAUUUCUCCAAUCCAAGCACUGGAAGACAAUCAUAGACCAUCUUGCGGCGACCGGUUGCUGUGGCAACAAGAUGCCGUUCGUGUGCCCGCGGCAUGCCAGCACUCCACAGUACCUGCUGGCGACAGACUUUCUCAGCGUGAGUCAGCAGACUACCCUGUGCAAGGAGCCCUGCACAGAUCUUAUGGCGUGCGGCAUGCAUGAGUGCAAGGAGUCGUGUCACAAUCAUGAGUAUGCCGUCGAGCACAUGAAGUGCAUGGAACGCGUUGAAUUCUUUCGUUCCGAAUGCGGACACGCGGAUAGCCGAGCCUGCUCCGUAAAGGCCGGACCAUGCCGGAAACCUUGUGAGAGGAAUCGGAAGGACUGUGGACAUCCGUGUGGACGCGAGUGUCACCAAAUUUGUGAACUCCUGCAAUGCUCUGACUGCUUUCGAAAACAACGCAUCGAGAUGGAAAAGAAGCAGCAAGCAAUCCAGGAACAACGGACACUGCAGAGGGCUGAACUUCAGAAGGCUUUGGAUACACUAAAAGACAGUACGGAGGCUGUUGGCUCUGUGGAAGCUGUUGACAGAAGCACAGAUAAAGAAGCGUUCGAGCAAGUUGAGCAGUUACUGACGCAGAGUGGAGUGGCUUCAGAGCGUGCGUAUGAUAUCUGCCAUCUGGACAAAAUACAGCCCAAAACCGCUCUUGUGAAGAGCUACUUGGAAUGCAAGAUGAAGCUCAUUUCACAAGAUUACAAGCUCCUCUUCAUGGAGAUUAACAUUGAGUCGUAUAAAGAUGGCAAAGAGGCGGCUGUUGUGGACGUCAAGAAGAGCAUGGCUUGCCGGUCAUGUGAUGACCCACUUUAUCGUGUGCGGAAGGAGCUGCACGUGGCUACUGCAGGCGUUCGGUUCACUGCAGAGCCUGUACAGAACCUGGCAAACCCCGACAACAGCGCUGAGAAGAUUGCUUUCAUCUUUGAAGUGGCUACCGGAGCUGUGCACCAUGUGAGCAUGGAAAAGCAGUUAACAACGUUCAGGAGUACCAAUCAACUGUUUGUCACUGGCAAUGACUGCAUCAAACUGGAGUCUAUUCCGUAUGGUGAUAAGACGCGCAUCAAUCGCUACAUCUGCUUGCGCCCGCACCAAGCCAAGCCUCGCUUCAUAGUGUACUACAAAGAAAGAGACAUUCUGUUCAGGGAUACACUCAAGCGCCUGCCGGAGAAUGAACUGGCCAGUAUCAAGUCCAAUGCAACAGGUAUCCGUGAGAGUCUAUACCGCUUUGCCGAGUCUCAGUUUCAUCGGAUGUACCUAAAGACCGGGUACAAGACCAAGCCCAAUGUACUGCAGGUGGACUGCAAGAAUAAUCCACAGCUGAUCAAGGCGUUCGAGGGCAAGGUAGCAGAAUUCGAGAAGUUGGACAUUCCGACGAGCGAAACGCUGUCAUUCCACGGUACAUCGAAAGACACCUGCAUGGUGAUCAUGGACGAGGGGUUCCGUAUUGGCGGCCAAGACUCUGGAGUGAGUGUUUCACAUGGCAAUGUCUACGGAACAGGCGUCUACUUGGCCGAAACACCAAAUACGUCAGACUACUAUGCCAAAGAUGGCCAGAUGAUCCUGUGCACCUUCUUGCCUGGUCGUAUCGAGAAAACCAUCACCGCCCAAGGCACGACCCGGAAGGCCCCGGAGUCAGGCGGUGCCACCAGUCUACGCACUCCGUUCCAUGACCAAGAAGACCAGAUCAUCAAUGUUGUCUACACUCGUGAGCAAGUGCUGCCAUUGUGUGUAGUACACUACGAAGGACUGAAGUAGACUCUAUUGGCAUUGGAAGCUCUGAGUAUAGUAUAAAUUCCGCUGAUGCCCUCUUCAUUCGGUCCAAACGUCUGCAACUGCUACACUCGCGGUAUCUCAUCGGCUCUAAACAAGCAUGUGUUUGUAUGCGAUGCCUGUGCUACUGUAGUAGGCUGGCUGAUGGUGUUCCAACCAACCCGUCUCUGAUAAAGAAAACCUUGACCGUCAACACACUGGUGUUGACGUGAUGAGGCUCUCCGUAUAAGCCUAACCUGACUGAAUACAUACGGCAGUCAGGACGCCUACUGAAUAUGUACGACAAUAUCACGUGUCACCAAUUUUGGCCACAUAUUAGUGUACAACUAUUUCGCCCCUAAUGUAACUCUAUUAAUUUCUCCCCAUAAUUAUCAUGAAUUCCUUGAUGUCACAAAUUGAAGAUUCCCGUGGGUAACACAUACCAUGUGCUAGCAUGAUGUUGACUGCGAAAGGAUGCAACUCCUUGAACUAUGUGCCAUAGCUUUCUGACACGGCUCAGUGAAAGAAGUGGCCGCGUAUGGGCAAGUAUGGAACUUGUGACCAUACUUUAGUUAUAUUUAUUAAAUCUAAAUACAUCAAUACAACACAUACUCUGAAGUUUUUUCGAAAUGACAUUUUUUUCUUCCCAGCACCCUCAAACUGAUGAAUUUCACACUAAACAAUUACAUUGUAGGAGUUUACAUCAAAAUUAAUGAUUUCAUUCGCACUCAGCUUCAUAUCCGGACCUUUUUUUUGUAUGCAUUCAAAAUCAUUGAUUCCAUUCUCAAAAUAAUUCUUCCCGAUGGUGGCCUGUAUACGUAACUAUUACCAAGAGUGCAUAACCCCCCGUACUCUUGCUAUUACUAGCAUUUGCACAUUCAUUCGAAAACUUCAUUCAUUUUCAUAUUUACAUGUACCGGUAUGUAUAGCAGUCUGCUACAAAAAUUGAAUUGAUCUACUGAGUUUAUGGCAACCCUUCAA